UGUCACAUCUAAAAAGAAGAAGCAGAGUAGAUGAGAAAAAAUAAACAAUGCGGUGAAAUUUUUGAUAACAGCAUUGAAAUUAAUUGAAAACUGUGCAAAUAAAACGAUGGAAACACUACCCGAGGUGCCCGAGGCACCGUUGCGUCCAUUUAAAUUGGCGCAUCAGGUUGUGAGUUUGACCGGCAUAAGUUUUGAUCGUCGUACCGUAAUUGGCAUGGUGGAGCUGACGAUAGUGCCAAACAAUGAGAAUUUACGUUUGAUUCGCCUCAAUGCGAAACAACUUCGCAUUUACAGCGUCGUGCUCAACGAUGUUUGCCAGGCGGAAUUUCAUUACUUCGAUCCCUUCCAGAACAUUUGCAACAGUGAGCCACACAGUCGAUCCAUGGAUGUUUUUUCAAAGUGUCAUUUAAAUGCGGCCACUGUUACCGAUCCGGAUGAGAAUAAUGGUGAAUUGGUCAUCGAGGUGCCGCCCGAUGGUUACUCCUUGAUACAAGAGGGACGCGGCCUGCGCAUACGCAUUGAAUUCUCCGCAGAAAACCCGAAGAGUGGCAUGCACUUUGUCAUCCCGGCCACGUCACCGGAUGAUGAGAACGGUCAAGUUAGUUCUGCUCAUAUGUACACCAAUUGCUAUGAGAAUUCGUCGCGAUUGUGGUUUCCCUGUGUCGACAGCUUUGCGGAUCCUUGCACCUGGCGUCUGGAAUUCACCGUGGACAAAAAUCUCACCGCAGUUUCGUGUGGAGAAUUAGUUGAAGUUAUAAUGACACCCGAUCUGCGCAGGAAAACGUUUCAUUACACGGUCUCGACGCCGGUUUGUGCACCCAACAUUGCGCUUGCCGUGGGACCCUUUGAGAUCUACGUGGAUCCGCAUAUGCACGAAGUGACGCACUUCUGUCUGCCCGGAAUGCUGCCGCUCUUGAAGAAUACGGUGCGGUAUUUGCACGAGGCUUUCGAGUUCUUCGAGGAGACGCUGUCCACACGCUAUCCGUUCUCCUGCUACAAACAGGUGUUUGUAGACGAACUGGACACGGACAUCAGCGCCUAUGCCACAAUGACCAUAGCCUCUGUGAAUCUGCUGCACUCCAUCGCGAUCAUCGAUCAGACUUAUGUCUCUCGCACUUUUAUGUCACGCGCUGUAGCCGAACAGUUCUUUGGCUGCUUCAUCACAUCGCAUCACUGGUCGGACACCUGGCUGGCCAAGGGCAUAGCUGAGUACCUGUGUGGUCUUUAUUCCCGCAAAUGCUUUGGCAACAACGAGUAUCGCGAAUGGGUGCAAUCCGAGUUGGCGCGGGUUGUGAAGUACGAGGAGCAGUAUGGUGGCAUCAUACUCGAUUGCAGUCAGCCGCCAGCUCCGUUACCCGUAUCCAGCACCAAUCCAGCUGCUGCGGCCAGCAAGCAGGAGGAGAUUGUACACUAUUUUCCCAUCAAAAGUUUGCACACUCUGUCGCCCAAGUAUGUGGAGGCGAUGCGUCGCAAGGCGCAUCUGGUGAUACGCAUGCUGGAGCAUCGCAUUGGCCAGGAGUUGCUCAUACAGGUGUUCAACAAGCAGCUGGCGCUGGCUACGAAUGCAGCGGGCACUAAGAUUGGCGCUGGCCUCUGGUCACAGCUGCUCAUCUCGACGAAUAUCUUUAUCAAGGCCAUCUUUACGGUGACGGGCAAGAAUAUGUCUGUGUUCAUGGAUCAAUGGGUGCGCACCGGAGGCCAUGCCAAGUUCUCGCUUACCUCGGUGUUCAAUCGCAAGCGCAACACCAUCGAGUUGGAGAUACGCCAGGACUUUGUCAAUCAGCUCGGUGUGCGCAAGUAUAAUGGACCUUUGUUGGUACAGUUGCAGGAGUUGGAUGGUACGUUUAAGCAUACACUGCAGAUCGAGAACACGCUGGUCAAGUCGGACAUCACUUGCCACUCCAAAAGCAGACGCAACAAGAAGAAAAAGAUUCCACUCUGCACGGGCGAAGAAGUCGACAUGGAUUUGUCUGCUAUGGAUGACUCGCCUGUGUUGUGGAUUCGUCUCGAUCCCGAGAUGAUAUUACUGCGCGAUCUGAUCAUUGAGCAACCUGAUUUUCAGUGGCAAUAUCAGCUGCGCCAUGAGCGCGAUGUCACCGCCCAGUUUCAGGCAAUUCAAGCGCUGCAAAAGUAUCCAACGAAUGCCACACGCUUGGCGCUAACCGACACCAUCGAAAGCGAAUCGUGCUUCUACAAGGUGCGCUGCCAGGCGGCGCACAGUCUCACCAAGGUGGCUAAUCAAAUGGUCGCCUCUUGGAGUGGUCCGCCAGCUAUGCUCAACAUCUUCCGCAAGUUCUUUGGCUCGUUCAGUGCGCCGCACAUCAUCAAGCUAAACAACUUUUCGAACUUUCAAUUGUACUUUCUGCAGAAAGCCAUUCCAGUGGCAAUGGCAGGUUUGCGCACUUCGCAUGGCAUUUGUCCGCCGGAGGUGAUGCGUUUCCUUUUCGAUCUCUUCAAGUACAACGAGAACUCGCGUAAUCAUUACACGGAUGCUUAUUAUAGAGCUGCAUUGGUGGAAGCGCUAGGAGAAACACUCACGCCUGUGGUCUCGGUGGCUAUGCAUGGCACUCAGAUCACUACGGACAGCCUCUCCACGGAUGCCAAACUCGUGCUGGAUGAAGUGACGCGACUGUUGAACAUGGAGAAGCAUUUGCCCUCCUACAGAUGCAUGGUUUCUGUCUCCUGCCUGAAAGUUAUACGCAAACUGCAAAAGUUCGGUCAUCUGCCCUCGUUGCCGCACAUUUAUCGCAGCUAUGCGGAGUAUGGCAUAUUUCUCGAUUUGCGCUUGGCUGCCAUGGAGUGUCUGGUGGAUUUCGUCAAGGUUGAUGGCCGCAGUGAGGACUUGGAACAUCUGAUAACGCUGCUGGAAACUGAUCCGGAUCCUGCGGCCAGACACGGACUGGCUCAGCUGCUCAUUGAUAAUCCGCCAUUUACGCGCGAGUCGCGACGUUUUGUGUUGGACAAACCGAAUCUGGUGGAACGCCUGUGGAAGACCAUCAACACGUUGUCCGGCGACACAAAGUUGCGUUGCGACAUUGUCGAUUUGUACUACGCGUUGUAUGGCAAGAAGCGACCAAGUUGCAUGCAGGCGCAUGAGAAUCAACACUUCUACCAGGAUCUCAUGAAGGAGAACAGCAAUUCGAGCAACAGUUUCAAGAAGAUCGACAAGCUGGACAGAGCGGGCAGCGAGUCAAAGGAGAGGCAUAAGCCUGCCAUGGUUACCAUUAAACGCACAGCCACAGAAGCCUUCGAGGUGGGCGACGAAAUCAUUCAGUUAGAACGUAGCGAGGAGAUCCAAGUGAUGGAUGAACCCAUCAAUGUGCAGUCCUACGACAGUGAGACGAGAAUAAACACCAUGGAUGACAUUCCCGGCGAAUCGCAGCACAUGUCGAAGCGGGUGAAAACCGAACUUUAUGCCGAAGAUGAUAACACAACGAUGGCCUUGGAUGUGGGAGAAUCGACGCGCUAUGAAAGUAGCUACGAUGAGGCCAAGUUUAAGGCGGAUGGCAGUGUGAAGAAGAAGAAAAAGAAGGACAAAAAGAAGCAUAAGCACAAGCACAAGCAUAAACACAACAAGGACAAAGACAAGGAGAAGGAUCGCGAGCGCAAGGAUAAAGACCGCAAGGAUCCGCAGAUAUCGCGACUGCAGGCAAGGGAGGCGGCCACGCCCGAAACGCUCAGUUCAGCUGACAGCAGCAAUAGCAAUAGCAAUCCGCCACUUGGUCUAAACUAAGCGAAUGUCAGUUAAUAAUUGUAAAAUCUUGCAAAACUAGAUUUAAGCAGAGUGAACGAAAGUUUCAGUGGAAAUGAGUUCCAUAAAAAGUUCGUUCUACAUAGAAGCCUUAAGUGUCUCGUGUCAAUGAAAAAGAUUUCAAAGAAAACCUCAAAUAUAUACACAUGUAUAAAAUCUGUACUAAAA